CCGAAAUUUGUUGUUUACGAAAGAGAGGCUACACCCAACUUGCACUUGCAAACAAAUUUAAAAUUGGCGAAUCGACAGUUUCAAAAAUACUCAAACAACAAGAUUAUUUUCUUUCAAUUGAUCCUAAUUCAACACAAGCAAAAUCUAAGCAAAAUCGCUCAGCUAAGUAUCCUCAGCUAGAAAAAGUACUGAGCUUGUGGGUUUCAAAGGCUGAAGCAAACUAUCAGACAAUUACAGAUGCAAUUAUCCAACGUAAAGCUUUCCAGUUUGCUGAGAAACUAAAGAUUGACAAUUUUGGGGGGUCAAAAGGGUGGCUCGCAAACUUUAAAAAACGAUUUCACAUUAAAGAAUAUAUAAGACAAGAAGAAUCUGCUAGUGCUCUAAUAAAUGAUAUUCCACGUUAUUGUGAUGAACUAAAAGAUAUUAUUAAAGAAUAUCACCCCAAGAUUGGUCCUGUUCAUGGAAAAAAAAAAGCAAAGGAUCAGGUCACAGUUUUAGUUACAUGUAAUAGUACUGGCGAUGAUAAAUUGCCACUUCUUCUUAUUUACAAAUACCAAAACCCUCAUGCUAUUAGAUGUAUUGAUAAAACAAAACUACCAGUUUAUUAUUACUGGAAUUCUUCUUCCUGGAUGCAACUUUCAAUUUUUAAUCAUUAUAUUAAAAAGCUUAAUGAACAAAUGAGAAAAGCUGGGCGGAAAAUACUUUUGUUAAUGGAUCAAGCCUCACCACAUACUCUUGAAGAGAGAUUC